ACGUCAUCACACUGCGCCGUAAAACAUUACGCAAGUGUGUAGCUACUAUUUGUUAGCUGCUAUACACUACUGUGUUGACCAUUAACGUUUCUUAAAGUUUGAUUUUUGUUUUAUUUGUUUUACUUAGAAAGAACCAAUCAUGGCAAUGCAAGCAGCGAAAAGAGCGAAUAUUCGUUUACCUCCAGAGGUAAACAGGAUAUUGUACAUACGUAAUCUUCCUUACAAGAUCACUGCAGAGGAGAUGUAUGACAUAUUUGGGAAGUAUGGGCCAAUUCGUCAAAUCAGAGUCGGGAAUACACCAGAAACCAGAGGAACUGCAUAUGUUGUUUAUGAGGACAUCUUUGAUGCCAAAAAUGCCUGUGACCAUCUUUCCGGGUUCAACGUCUGCAACAGAUACUUGGUUGUAUUGUACUAUAAUGCAAACAGGGCUUUCCAAAAAAUGGACACAAAGAAAAAGGAGGAGCAGCUGAAAAUUCUCAAGGAGAAAUAUGGCAUAAACACAGACCCACCAAAAUAGUCAACAUAUAUGCAUCUUAUUGCUUUGUUUUCUUUCCUCCACCCAUUUCCUUUUUAUUCGAACCCAUCAAAGUAAUUAUUGUUUUAUUAAAAAUAACUGUUGAAUACCUGUUA